GUUAAUAUUUGUUGGCGCAGUGCUCUGGUCUAUAUAUUUCGCAUGUUUUCUUGAUUUUAUAUUGGUUUUCUUCGCUGUUAAAGUACCCGCACACUAGAACCCGAAAAUAAAUCCGCAAAUUUGCAAGACAUCCUUAGACUUAUAUAAAUUUUAAAAGCAACGCCCAAUUAUGGAUAUCUCUGGAAACAAUCGUUAUGAGUUAUUGUUCAUGGAUGACGAAUCGGCCGCUUUACCGGCACAAAACGAAUCUGGUGUUUCUAAGAAAAAGCAACCAAACACUGCAGGUCAGUCAUCCAAAAAGUUGCCGACGACUAAUGCAAAAAAAAAUCUCAUUGUUGAGAAAGAGAACAAAUCUGGUGCUUUGAACAAAAAUGAUGCCGUUAAUAAGAAGGCUGCCGGUCAAGGUAAACCUAAAAUUGGAGCUCCUGGAAGCGAUAAAAGUCGUACGGUUGACGGGGAAUCACGCAGGGUCGCCUUUAAGUCGCAAAAUAAUGAAGUCCGUGAACAAAGAAAUAAUCGCCGAAACUUCCGGGAAGGCGGCGAAUUUGGUAAUGAGCAGCGUGAAACACGCCAAUUUAGAGAUCGCGACAAUAGAGGUCCCCCACGUAACCGUGAAGGAGGAUUCCGUGGUGGAAAACGCGAGUUUGAUCGACAGUCUGGUUCCGAUAAGACAGGUGUUAAAGCUAUUGAUAAACGUGAUGGGGCUGGUGCUCAUAACUGGGGAUCUGUUAAACAAGAAAUCGAUGACAUUAAUAAAUCAACGACUGAUGCUGAUGUUACUCUAACAGACAAGGAAGAAUCGUCAAAUGAACAAACUCCAGAACAACCACCUGUACCAGAAGAAGAAGAAGUAAAAGAACUUACACUCGAUGAAUGGAAGGCAUUACGUGGUGAACGCUCGAAACCCCAAUAUAAUAUUCGUAAGCCAAAUGAAGGUGAGGAUACCUCACAAUGGAAAAAAAUGGUUGUGCUAAACAAAAAGAAAGACGGCGACAGCGAAGAAGAAUAUGAGUAUGAUCCAUCUAUGUAUCCUCAACGUGUUGGACGCUUGCAACGUAUAGUUGACAUUCAAUUCAAUUUCAAUGAUGGUCGUCGUGGUGGUGGGGGUUUUGGCAGAGGUCGUGGACGCGGCCCUCGCCCUGGUGGUGAUAAUAAAGGACCACGCCCCGAUGGCGAUAGACAGCCUAGACAACAGCGUAACUUUGGCGAAAGACAACAAAAACGCUCUACUCCAAAUGCUCUAAAAGUUGACGAUGAACGUCAAUUUCCGACUUUAAGUUAAAUAUUCAACAACUUGGAAAACUUUCUUCUUGCUGGCAAAUAAAUAUAUACAAGUCAGCUUAUAAACAAUAAAUGAUAUAAAUAUAGCAUUUUAAUUGCACACAAUCGUACUCCUCAUUGCCACGUCUUCAUUACUACCCAACAAGUAACAAAAUUCCCUCAUUUAAUUUAACAUUUCAAUUCUAUCUGUUUUCUCAUACUAACAUAUAUGUAAUUAUAUGGAGGUCUAAAUGAUGAUUAAGAGGAAACAAUUGUUAAUUCAAAAUAAAAAUGAAAUUAGUUGUAAUCAAAUUUGAAUUAAGUUCAAUUAAUAUUGGAAAUAAGAUAUGAGUGCCUAAUCGAAACGUGAAUGUAUACUUAUAAAAAUAGCAUCAGCCAGCAUCCAAAGACGGCACAAUAAAUCUCCAAUAUUGUGUCCAUAUAUUUGAAUAAAGAGGAUGGACACAAGAAGGAUGAUAGAUAUUUCACAAUAUGCAUGGUUUUGAUUAUCUCAACUUAUGUUAUAAGCAAAAAAAAAAAUAAAAAAAUUGUUUAUUUUUAAUGAAGUUUUACUUCCUAUACAGUACUAUUAUUAAUUGGAUAAAAAACGAAAAUUCUGUUUUAUCUUUAAUUACAAAUCUUUUUGAAAAUAUUGGAGGCCCUUUUGUAGAAUAGCCUCUACCUUAUUUUAUAAUUAUAAAUAAAACACAACUAUUUGAAAUAGUUAAAAACAUA